AUGGCAGGUGACUGUGCCGAUGCGCAAAGACCUGCACUGGCCGAGUUGGUGCGGGGCUUCGUUCGGCGGCUCUGCUUGAAGGCCUCGGUCGCUGCAGCGCAGCCGCCCCUUCUGGCGGCAGAUCUGUCGCUGGGCCUCACGCUGGCCGCUCCCCGCCGGGAUCCGGCCGGCCUGCAGUGGCUUCUUCAGGGCGUGGCCGUGGAACCGACAGCCGAGGAGCCUUCCCUGGUCGCCCUGUGUGUUCUCCUCAUCUCGGAGACCUCCCUGGUGCACUACACCCCGAGGCCCAAGGACUCCGUAGCCACUCCGGUCCCGGAACCCUCGGGCGAUGCCGUUGUCGAUGAGAAGUAUUGGAAGCGCCGCUACAACUACUUCGCCCGCUUCGACGAGGGAGUUCGGAUGGACGCAGGAGCCUGGUUCGAGGUCACCCCAGAGUCUGUCGCGCGGCACAUCGCGGAUCGCCUGAGCUUCGACCGGGUGGUUGAUGGAACUUGUGGCGUGGGCGGCAACGCGAUACAGUUCGCGUUGACCUCGCGGAGUGUCGUUGCCGUGGACACGGAUCCCGGACGUCUAUCCGAUGCGAGACACAAUGCCGGAAUCUACGGCGUGGCUGAUCGCAUCGAUUUUGUCCACGACGACUUCGCGCAUUUCGCCGAGGUCUACAGUGGGCCCCCGAUUGACGCGGUGUUCUUGUCACCGCCUUGGGGCGGCCCUGGCCACUUGGAGUCCAACCACUUCUCCUUGCGGGAUGUGCAGGUUCCGGACAUCGUGCACCUUUUUGCCGCCGCAGCCAAGCUCAGCCCGCGAGUAGCACUUUACCUGCCCAGGCAUACCGACCUACACGAGAUUGCGAUUCUUGCGGCGGUGAACGGCUUCUCAGCGGUGGAGGUGGAGAAGGUCUUCUUCCAGCAUCCAACACCUCACUUGAAGCUCAUCGUCGUCUACUUCUCAAAGGAUGUCGUGCAGUCAG